UGGAGGUGAAUAAGGGGCUGUUGUGUUGAUUCUUGAGCUGGUUUUAGUGCUUUUUGGAUGGUUUUCAGUUAUAUGUGUGAUUUUUGCUGGUUGAAAUUCUCUGUAUUUGCGGUUUUUCUGUUCAUAAAUUUGGAGAAAGACUUCAGCUUGGGUUUGAUCUGCUUAUGAGGUUAAUCUUAUGGAGUGGUUUUCUCGCGUUGAUGAUGGUGAUGUUGUUGUUCCUGAAAGCUUAGAUGGCUUUUCGCCAUCUUCUGAUAGCUGGUCACAGUGGGACUCAACACCCUUUGGGAAUUUCAAGUCAGAAAUGAAAAGGAACAAUAUAAGGUCAUACGUUGGAGCCGAAGAUUGUAAAGUGAUUGGGAAUGGCCUAUCUAAUGAUGUUGACAUGAAAAACUUUGGAAUUCACGAGGAGCCUUUUGAUAAUGCAGCUAACCAAGCUUCAUACUGUGACAUGGAUCAAUGGUCCUCAUAUCCACCACCUGAGCAGCUGGAAUUUCAUCUUGAUAACUUGACCUCAAUCGAUCAGUUGGAUGAUGUGUUCCUAAGUUCCUUACUCGAAGAAAACUGUCCAACUGGAAUGGAUGCAUCUGAUGAGUCAUCAACAGAUUCCCGUUGCAGCAUGCUGCUGGGUGAUGAUCAAGCAAGAGAUAUGACGAGCAAAGCUUGUGCUGGUACUACCAAAUAUUUCUCUGCACAUGCUUUUACUUCACCAGUGGAUUGGGAGGGGCAAGAAGUUAACAAUUCUUAUUUGCUGAAAAAGAUGCAGGGAACAAUCCAGGCACCACACGCAGAGGCUGCCGUAAAAUUGGAGCAUGAUAAAGGAGACAAUAGAUCGAGUGACGAGGAAAUAUCCAUGGAGGAAUCCGUCCUACAACACCUAGAAAAUCUCAUGUCUCAGCUGACGGAGGAAACCAGAAUCUGCUUCCGGGAUUCUCUAUAUCGUCUUGCAGGAAAUUCAAAACAUGGUGCAUGUCAGAGUAGGAAUGCCAUGCCAGAUCAAGAUUCGACGCGGUUCAACGAAGAAGAGACAACAGAAUCGCGGACAAAUGUCAUUGACAGAACUGUUGCCAACUUUUUGUUCAGCAAUGUAGAGUUUGGUGCUUCUGAAGGCUCAUCAUUUGACUUUACAGAAGCCACCAACAUAAGACAUCAUUCGGGAGGCGCUAUGUUGUGGAAUAUCUCAGCAGGUUCCUCUGGUUGUGAUGUCCCUACUUUUAGCGGAUAAACAAUGCACUCUUCACUCUGCUUAAACUCCUCUUGAAGUGGAACUGUGAUGGGCACCACUUUGCAUCCUAGUUCUUACCUUUCGUUCAUGAUAUUAUAGCAUGGUCGUCUUGCAUCACCCUAUCCAGCUAUGUUUUGACGACAGCUUGUAUAGUAGGCGUGAUUAGAGGCUAACCAUGUUUACUUCCGUGUCUGCCAGCUGAUCGAUAGUUCCUUCCAUAUGACAGUCGCCUUGGCAGAGGAGCUAUCCGAGCUCCAAGAGGUCAAGAAGACUGUUGAAUCCUGGCAUUUCUUUAAGACUUCCACGGGUAAUGUAAGCAGCGAAACACUGCAAGGAGCCCUGGUUUUUUCUUAUAGGCUCCAGACAAUAUUAGUAAGAAAAAAAUUCAUAUAUGUUUAUUUUUAGAAUUUUGUAAGCAUCUGAUAUUUUUCAAUUUGGGUAAGCUAGCUUCAUCAACAGUUGUUUAUAUCUUUUGGUACUUGAGAGCUUUAUAUGAGCAAACAAUAUGAGACCAAUGCCAGGUUAGGUUUGUUGUGAGUAUUAUAUGGUUGUUUUAAGUUAA